AUGUUGAUUGGAGUUGAUAUAAGGACAGUUGAUGAUAAUGUUGGUAGAAAUUUAUAUCCAAAAUUUGAAGCAUGGAGUCCAGCUAACAACUUCAAUGAGUACACUAGAGUGACGUUGGUUGAAAUCAGACUGACUCCUGAUAACUUUACAACUAAUGGACAGUAUCGUUUCACUCUCCCUACUCCAUUAAAUGUCUCCAGUGGAUACAGGAUUGGUGUAUAUCAACCUCCUGAUGACAGAAGUGUUGUUAGAUUCCAUUUUAUGAACCUGUCUGGUGGUAUUGAUGGAAUAGGGAAAGUAAAAUCAAGUAAAAUUGAUGAUGCUAGCAUUAGAAUAUUUGGUAUGGCCAAUAGAGAUGUUGAUUAUAAAUCAUGGAAUAUACUAAUACAUCCAAUAGUACAGGAUACAAGUUGCUUUUCACAAUUUGUACCUGAGGACAUAACCAAUUCAUUAAGUUAUUCCAUUACUAAUUCAAUAUUCAUUUCUGAUACUAGAAUAUUUCCUGAUAUAAAGUUCACAUGUCAUGGUAUUAUCACUAACUGGAUAUUAAGUUCCUUUAUUACACAUUAUAUGCCAGUAAUUAAAAUAAGACGAUCAAAUAAUCUCACUACUACAGCACUACCAGUGAACAUCAGUAAUGCUGUUAGCAUAUCUCAGAAUUUAUAUAAUUUUGCUAUGAGCAAUGAGAUAACAGUACAACCUGGUGAUUUACUGAUGAUUGAAAGUAAUGCUGCAAACGUAAUGUUCUAUCAACACUAUAAUGGACCACACAAUUACAGACUGGGGGGCAACAAUGAGUUAUUUGCAUUAGAUGCCAAUGACUAUCCACUCAUCUCAGUUGUAGUAGUAACUACUGCUUGUGCAUCUUCUAAUUACAUUACAGUCUCAACCAAUCCACUCAUCUCAGUUGUAGUAGAACCCACAUUAGUAACUACCACUGAUACAUCUUCUAAUUACAUUACAGCAUCAACCAAUCCACUCAUCUCAGUUGUAGUAGAACCCACAUCAGUAACUACCACUGAUACAUCUUCUAAUUACAUUACAGCAUCAACCAUAUCCUCAAUAGCUACAUCAGAUACCACUUCACUGCCACCAGCUAUGCCACCAUUUUUUACGAACACUGCUACAACAACAAUUAGUAGUACACAUAUUAAUACUGUCAUUACUGUGCUUUCAUCAUCAAGCAUAUACUCCAUAGCUACUGCAACAAUGGAAUUAACAAAAUAUAUUGAAACUAACUUAAUAUUAAGUAACAGUUUAUCAUUGACUAUAGAUACUACAUCAGUGAUGAGUACACCAGUUAGUACAUUACAAAGUUCAGACAGUAAUAUAGUAAUAAUAGCAGGAAGUAUUAGUACAGCAGUAUUUAUAUUACUGGUAGUUACUAUACUAGUAAUAUUAAUAGUGAGUGUAUUAGUGUGUAGGAGAAGAUGGAAUAAAACAUCAAAUGGAAAUGAUACUUUCAGUUCUGAUGAAAGAAAAGCUGAAAUAAAUCAACAAUCAGAUGUACCAUUUAUGGAUAAAAUACAGAAUACACUAACAGCAUCAACUAAUCCUGCAUAUGGAGUUACUGGUGAAAGAUGCAUUACUGAUAUAUCUGCUAAUCCUGCAUAUGGUGUUACUGGAAAAUCUGGUAUCUCUGCUAAUCCUGCCUAUUGUAUUAACACUAGAAUAAUAGGAAUUAUCAAUGAAGAAUCAUUAGUGUAUGAUGAACCAAGAACAAUGUAUCAUGACAAGAGGUUAUAAUGAUGCAAAAUGAAGUAGAACUAUGAAACAGCAAACUAUACCUUCUACAUUGACACAAUUUAAUUGCAUUAAUUAGUGCUUGUGUGUUCUAGAUAUUACUCUUUAAUCAAAUAAUGUAGUUAGUGCCAAUAACAAUUUAAUUAGCACA